AUGAAGCCACAAAUUAUAUGUUCACGUUGGCGCGAAUAUUUCAUCGCGACUCACUUUGAUGUCCAUCCGGGUCUCGAUACGCCGAUUUUCGAUAUCACACACACUCACUCUCUCUCUCUCUUUCGCCUCCUCUCUCUCUCUCUCUCUCUCUCUCUCUCUCUCUCUCUAUCUGAUAUUGGCGUCGCUGUUCUCACGCUUUUCUGUCAUUGUCGCGUUUCAUUGGCUACGGAAAAGCAUCUAUGUCUCAGCUUUCUCAUUUUACUGUUCAUUUUCUUUCUCUUUUUUUUGUGUUCUCUCUCUCUCUCUCUCUUUCACUCUCCCUUUCUCUUUCUCAUUUUCCUCUCUCUUUUGCUCUUUCUCCUCUCACUUCUUUUUUUGUCUCUUUCUUUUACUCAUUAUUUCUCUCUUUCUCUCAAAGUCCUUCCUUCCUUCCUUCCUUCCUUCCUUCUUUCUUUCUUUCUUUCCUUCCUUCCUUCCUCCUUCCUUCCUUCCUUCCUUCCUUUUCUUUCCUUCCUUUCUUCCUUCCUUCCUUUCUUCCUUCCUUCCUUCCCAUCCCGCCCUCCUUCCUUCUUUCCUUCCUUCCUUCCUUCCUCCAUUCCUCCUUCCUUUUCUUCCUUCCUUCCCUUCCCUCCUUCCUUCCUUCCUUCCUUCCUCCUUCCUCCUUCCUUCCUUUCCUUCCUCCCUUCCUUCCUUCCUUCCUUCCUUCUUUCCUUCCUUCCUUCCUUCCUUCCUUCCUUCCUUCCUUCCUUCCUCUCUUCUGUCCUUCCUCCUUCCUUUCUUUCUUUCCUUCCUCCUUCCUUCUUUCCCUUCCUUCUUUCCUUUCUUCUUUUUCCUUCCUUCCUUCCUUCCUUCCUUCCUUCCUUUCCUUCCUUCCUUCUAUUCCUUCCUUCCGUCCUUCCUUUCUUCCUCCCUCUUUUAAUUUUCCUGUCCUUCUUUCCUUCCUUCCUUCCUUCCUUCCUUCCUUCUUUCCUUCCUUCCUUUCUUCCUUCCUCCUCCUCCUUCCUUCCUUCCAUCCUUCCUUCCAUUCCUUCCUUCCUUCCUUCCUUCCUUCCUUCUGUCCUUCCUCCCUUCCUUUCUUUCUUUCCUUCCUAUCUUCCUUUCUUCCUUCUUUCCUUCCUACUUCCUUCUUUCCUUUCUUCUUUCCUUUCUUCCUUCCUUCCUUCCUUUCCUUCCUUCCUCUAUUCCUUCCUUGCGUCCUUCCUUUCUUCCUCUUUUAAUUUUUCCUGUCCUUCUUUCCUUCUUUCUUUCCUUCUUUCCUUCCUUCCUUUCUUCCUUCCUUUUUUUCCUCUUCCUUCCUUUCUUCCCUCCCUCUCCUCCCUCCUCCCUCCUUCCUUCCUUCCUUCCUUCCUUCCUCUUUUUCUUCCUUUAUCUCUUUUUUAA